UCUCUCUCUCUGUGCGCCUGUGAGUCUGUGACGUAAAAGCUUAAAAGAAAGCUUGGUGACUUGUAGUCUCCCUUUGCAUCUACUACACACACUCUCUCUCGCUCGUUUCUCUUCUCUCUCUCUCUCUCUGUCUCUCUUCUUCUGAGAGAUGCACAUUGAGAUGGGACUAGAAGCAGCGCGGGAGCAAUGAUGAAUCGGAACGUGAGGGAAUCUCUUCUCGGCGGGAGGAAUAUUCCGGCGCUUUCGCGGCACCGGCGAGGUCAAAGUUUGACCGCGAUCUCAAAGGAAACCGCCGACGAGAACCUGGAUCUCUUCUCCAGGAACCGCCGCACUCUCUCUGUCACCUCCUCCGACGAAUCGUCCGAUGUUUCAGUGAAGUUGGGGAGGCUUUCAAUUGCGUCGGCGAAAGUGGGUAAGAGUGGGAUUGAUGAUCUACUGUCAUCUGCAGAUGGAGGAAAGCAUGAUUACGACUGGCUUCUCACUCCUCCUGGGACGCCUAAUGUUCCUUCAUCGGAUGGAAAUGAGUCUCAACCAACUAUAGCAGCUUCAAGAAGCGGUCUUAGAUCAGCUUCUGCCGUAAAGGCUUCAAGGCUUUCUGCUUCACACUCAGAGAGUAACCAUUCAACAAGACCAACUAGAAGCAGUUCCGUAUCGCGCCCUUCCAUCUCCACUUCACAAUAUAGUACCUACUCCUCAAACAGAUCCUCCUCAAUCCUUAACACAAGCUCAGCUUCAGUCACGUCUUAUACUAGACCAUCCUCCCCCAUCACCCGCUCUCCGUCUACAGCAAGACCUUCCACUCCAUCCUCACGCCAGGCGCCAUUGCGGUCCCCAACUCCUUCAAGAGCCCGUCCAGCUCUCACCAGCUCUUCCAUCGACAAAUCUCGACCAUUGCAAAGCUCAAGACCGUCCACUCCUAGUUCCAGGCCUCAAAUUCCUGCAAACUUGAACUCCCCUGUUACUCGAUCACUUUCUCGCCCAUCUACUCCCACUCGUCGAAAUUCAUUACCAUCUGUAUCUCAAGCUGCCAGUCCUUCAACUUCAGCUGGGCGCAUUCUGUCAAAUGGGCGUAAUUCAGCACCAGUAUCCCGACCAAGCUCUCCAGGCCCACGAAUUCGGCCCCCACCACAGCCGGUCAUACCCCCCGAUUUUCCACUUGAUACACCACCAAACCUCAGAACAACUUUGCCAGACAGGCCAGUUUCUGCUGGUAGGUCUCGCCCAGGUAUUGCUGUCACCAUGAAAGGGAAUUCAGAAGCCCCAGCACCCGUUAAUAUGCCAAGAAGACAAUCAUCACCCAUUGCCACGCGGGGAAGACUUACAGAGCCAACUACAAGGGGCCGUUUACAUGCCAAUGGACACCUUGCUGAUAUUCCCGAGCCUCGGAAGCCCGCACAUGUCCCAGAGUUGGCCAUGCGGAAGCCUGUGAAGAGUUCAACAACUGCCACAGAGAACACUGGAUUUGGAAGGACUAUCUCAAAAAAAUCCCUGGAUAUGGCUAUCAGGCAUAUGGAUAUAAGAAACGGCACAGGGAAUGCUCGUCCACUUUCAGGCACCACCUUGUUCCCUCAAAGCAUUCGAUCUGCCGCUCAAAAAAUCCAAUCCCGUCGUGCUAUGAGUGCUCCAUCAUCCAUUGAUACGAAUGGAAACCUGCAAAACAGCAAUAAUAGAAUGAUCUUAGAGAACGGAAACAAGAGUCAUAGGCCUGCAGAAUAUGGAACUGAAGCAAAUGAUGGAAAGUAUUCUUCAAAAUUUGAAGUAGAUAUCUAUGAGAGCUCCCGCUAUGAUGCAAUAUUGCUCAAGGAGGACUUGAAGAAUACAAACUGGCUGCACAGUGUCGAUGAUAGAUUGGAUCAAGGCCCCAUCUUUGAUAAUGGAUUUGAGCCCCUACCAGAACCUUUUGGGCUCUUAUAACAUCUAACGAGUGGGUAUUUCGAAAAUUGUUAUUAUUAAUUUUUUUAAUUAUUGUUUUCUUGAUUAUUUGUUAUCUCUAAAAGAAUGGAAUCUGUCAACACUUCCACUUAAAACAGGAAAAAUGAAGAGGUAAUUUGUGUUC